GCCUUGGGUGCUCGUCCUCCCGUUAGCCAAGGUCGUGUUUCCGGCAUAGGGGCGAGUGGAAGGCUGAAGAGAUGCCGCAGCCUUCGGCGAUGGAGCGCGCCGCGCCCAGAGCGGUGAUGGGUUACACCCCGGACGAGAAGCUCCGGCUACAGCAGCUGCGCGAGCUCCGGCGCCGCUGGCUGAAAGAUCAGGAGCUGAGCCCGCGGGAACCCGUCCUUCCCCCGCGCAAGCCAGGGCUGGUGGAAGGGUUCUGGGAGCGCUUCCUGCAACCUGGAGGGCUCUGGAGGAAGCAGGUAUUCAAAACCUACAAAGCUGGAACAUUUCUUGUGGGUUGGCUGCUUAUCCCUUUUUGGGUUUCCCACUACUAUGUCAAGUAUCAUCUAUUGGUGCAACCAUAUGGUAUUGUUGAAUCAAAGCCCAAGAUAUACCCUGGUGACACAAUUCUGGAGACAGGUGAAGUUGUUCCUCCAUUGGAAAUACCAAGCAGUCAUCAUUAAGAGACUCAAAGACUUUAGAAGCUACAGCCAACUUUUGCAUCCUAUAAAAUAUUAUAUAGUUCUGAAUAUAUCUAACAAUAAAAAUGACUGUAGGACUAUUA